GGCAUCUCGGUGGCGUCCACAGUCGUCGAUCCAAUUGUCAAUGGGUGCCGCUUCCAGCCACGGUGCGCCUGCGGCGAAGGCCGUUGUCACAAGCACACGAAAAGUGGUCCAAACGAGUAUCAAGCGGGAAGACUUGAUGAAAAAGCGCCACCUCCGCGUCGUAGCUACGCGUGGCGUGCUCGAAAUGGACAACCGCGUUCUCCAUGAAGCAGAGCGCUUUGAGGAUACGGUGGAGAAUGUUGAGUACUUGGAAACGGAUAUGACGGCGUUCCACGCCACGGCCGCGGGUCGGCGAGCCACCAACGACGGACCCAUGCGCAUGCCUACGGAUAAAACCCACGCGGCCAACAGUAUGACCCUCGUGGACGACAUCCCCGGACGUUUCACAGACCGGCAAUUCCGCGAAUUGCUGCGCUUGCAUCGCGAGAGCCCGGUGCAAUGGCCGGUCCCGCGGCUGGCCAUGCAUUUCGGCGCCGACGUGACCACAAUUCACAACAUCGUGAACCAUUGUUGUCCGCCAAAGAUCACACCGCCGUCGACCACCGUGAGCCAUCCCAUUGGAACGUGGUGGGAAGUUGGAACUAGCAACCCCGCCUUGUCGACAUAACAAACAGUUGGGUUUCUCGUGAAUCUAGUACGCUCGUACGAUGACGAGGAAGUCUUAUCUCCGUCACAAUGAAAUUAGAUUCACACGCAACAUAAACGUUAUGGCGCUAGCACGUG